AAAAUUGUCUUCAAUUCCAUUAAUGAAAAUCUUGAGCCUGAAAAUAUAUUUAAUAAUUAAUUUUCAUGUUUUUUCUUCAUCAAACUUCUUAAAUUGAAAUUCACCAAUACAAUUUCUUGGACCCAGUGCAAAUGGCAAAUAAGUUCCUGGCAAAAUAUUCUGUUUGUUUUCAUCGCUAAAAUGUUUCGGAUCAAAUUUAUCCGGCUGUUGAUAGAAUUUCGUAUCAUGAUGUAGUCCGUAAAUUGGAAAUACAAUAUUCGAUCCUUUUUCUAUUUUGAAUUUCAUUUUGUGUCCAUCAUCAUAAAGAUAAUUUAUUACACAAUUACGAUCCAUUUGAAUCGGAACUGGCCAUUUUCUCAGUGCUUCACAGACCACUUGAUCUGAAUAUUUCAUUUUUUCUUUCCUCCAAGUUGCUCAUCCACAAUCUCAAUUUCUUCAUAAAGAUUCUGUUGGAUGUCUGAAUUGGCUAAAAGUUCAUAUGCAAUAAACAUUAGCAUCAUUGACGGAGUUUCGUAGCCAGCGAUAAAGAAAAUCAAACAUUGUGCGACCAGUUCAUCAUCAUUCCAUUGUCGAGACACACUGGUUUUUCCUACAUCAUACAGAGAUGUGUACAGAUUAUAGAUAAAAAAUGAUUGUUGAUCAACAUCAACGUUUUUUAUAUUACAUUUCUAUAAACAUCUUUGUUUGUUUGUUUUAAUUUUUCUUUGCGGUGGUCCUUUAUUUGUUUGCAAAAUUAGUGAAAUUGACAAGUAAUAUUUCUGAAUGAUAAAUAAAAUUGUGAGAUCUCGAAAUCUUAAAAUUGUUUUACUCCCUGUUGCGCAUUAAAAAAUUUCGUUGCUCAAGAGGACAGGAUUUAGCAGAAAAUUGACCAAUUGAUUGCAGUGAUACUAUCAUCGAAGUUUGAAUUCAAAAAUAUAGAAUACCGCUAAUUACGGUGUUCAAAAAUAAAUCGGACCGAUUGGUUAUUGACGAUGAAUAUGAAUUCAAUUACCAAAUGAAAAUGUCAUGUAAGUUGGAUUCAUCGCUUAUCCCACUUGAGACUGAAAAAGUAAAACAACUUGGCUCAUCUACGGCGAUGGAGACAGAAUUUUCUUUGGCAUGGGAUUAUUUGAUUAACCCGGAUUGUGGUUACGUCAAGGACGAUUCUACAAUCGCCAUCGAACUGUCCAUCGAGUUUAUUAUCAUCGACCAACAUAAAAGUUAAGAAGGUAAAAAACAAGUAUCCUGAAACCGGUCACGUUAAAUAUAAUUCUAUUGAAUCAAUGAGCAUAGAUGAUAGAUCCAGAUUGUGUGAAUGCAUCUACGCCAAAAACUAAUGCCCGUCAAACUUUGCGUUCACAUUCUCGUCGGAAUAAUUUGACAUUAACUCCGAUUAAAGAACAAGCCGAACAACCUCAAAAGCGAUCAAAAAUGUCAAAAGAUGAAACAGCUGCUGAAAAAGAUGAUGGUGCAAGUAUCGGAAACGAAAGUAAAUCAUGUGCAUCUGUGACAGCUAAUCGAAGUGCAAUUGUGGACAACGCAAAACGUGGACGUAUGGAUAUCAUUUUAAUCAGUGACGACGAAGACAAAGAAAACACCAUUUGAAUAUAACGACAGAACUAGCCGAAUACAAGGUCGAACAUACCGUUUCAUUUGGCAUCCAAUUUCAAGAGAUCGGACCCGAUAAUCUCUAUCUAAUCAGUAAUUUUUUAUAAAAUUGUGUCGUUUUGUUAAAGAAUUUUCGAUAUUAAGAAUAUGUUUAUCUAACUGACGAUUUUCUCAUUUAAAUUUUUCAUUCCAAAAAAUAGAGAAAAAAACGUAAAAUAAUAAUUCAACUAUUUAGCAAAUGAGUAAAAUUUAUUAUGUUUAUACGAGUAAAAUGGAUUAUUUGAUAAUAAUGAUACAUCAGUUUUUGGAAUUUUUCUUUUUUCUUAUUUAAAUAUUUACGUAUCAUGAGACGGUGCAGUAUUUGAACUUCAGUCGAGUAAGCAAUCAAAUUUUGUUGAACAUGCUUGAAAUAAAGAGAAAAAGAUUAAGUAAAAAAAUUAUCAUUCUGGGCGCGAUCAUUUCUUUUGCAUUUUUAAAAGGGUGUAAUUGCCAAAAAGAAGGAGACUUAAUUACAU